UUAGAAGCAGCUCUUCACAGAGAUGACGUGGAGUUUAUCAGCGACCUGAUCGCCUGCCUACUUCAGGGCUGCUAUCAGCGAAGGGAUAUCACGCCUCAGACCUUCCACAGCUACCUGGAGGACAUCAUCAGCUACCGCUGGGAACUGGAAGAAGGCAAGCCUAACCCCCUGAGGGAAGCCAGCUUCCAGGACCUGCCCCUUCGCACCCGUGUGGAAAUCCUCCACCGCCUCUGUGACUACCGGCUGGACGCAGACGAUGUCUUCGAUCUCCUCAAGGGCCUGGAUGCAGACAGUCUCCGUGUGGAACCACUGGGUGAGGACAACUCCGGGGCCCUCUACUGGUAUUUCUAUGGGACGCGAAUGUACAAGGAGGACCCAGUACAAGGAAAAUCCAACGGAGAGCUCUCUCUGAGCAGUGAAAAGCAGGAAGAAAACUCCUUAGCAUCUGAGCCGCAGACAAGAAAUGGGUCCCAGGGGCCAGGCCAAGGCUCCUGGUGGCUGCUGUGCCAGACGGAAGAGGAGUGGAGGCAGGUCACCGAGAGCUUCCGGGCGAGGACCUCCCUGCGAGAGCGGCAGCUCUACAAGCUCCUCAGCGAGGACUUCCUGCCCGAGAUCUGCAGCAUGAUCGCCCAGAAGGGAAAGCGUCCACAGAGGACAUGGACAGGAUUGCAGCCUGGGCGGUGGUCUGACCACCUGUCCGUCAAGUCCAUUGAGCAAUAGGAGACCCCUGUGCUCGGCAGGAUAGAGAAACAGAAGCGCAGGGCGGAGGAGGAGGAGCGCCAGAUCCUCCUGGCGGUGCAGAAGAAGGAGCAGGAGCAGCUGCUGAAGGAGGAAAGGAAACGGGAGCUGGAGGAAAGGGUCAAGGCCGUGGAAGAUCGCGCCAAGAGAAGGAAGCUCAGGGAAGAGAGGGCCUGGCUGCUGGCGCAGGGCAAGGCGCUCCCGCCCGAGCUGUCCCACUUGGACCCUCCCUCCCCGCCGCGGGAAGAGAAGAGGACGAGAGACCCCUUUGAGCUGGACGACGAUUUCACUGCCAUGUACAAAGUUCUGGACGUGGUGAAGGCUCACAAGGAUUCCUGGCCCUUUUUGGAACCAGUGGAUGAAUCGUAUGCCCCUAACUAUUACCAGAUUAUUAAGGUCCCCAUGGAUAUUUCAAGCAUGGAGAAGAAACUGAAUGGAGGUUUAUACUGUUCGAAGGAGGAGUUUGUGAAUGACAUGAAGACUAUGUUCAGGAACUGUCGAAAAUAUAACGGGGAAAGUAGCGAGUACACCAAGAUGUCGGACAACCUGGAGCGGUGCUUCCACCGCGCGAUGCUGAAGCACUUUCCUGGUGAGGACGGGGACACGGACGAGGAAUUCUGGGUCCGAGAGGAGGAGAAGCGGGAGAAGAGGCGUGGGCGGGCCGCCCGCAGCCACGCGUGCACCCGCCCCCGGGACGCGGAGGCGCCCGGCCGGAAGCAGCAGCCCGCGGAGGCCGGGGGCAAAUCGCUGCCCCCUGGGCGCCGCGCCGCGCCCUCCGGGGCCGGCGAGAGCAGCAGCUGCGCGCAGCCCCCUGGCGACGUGGGCCCCCCGAACGGCCGCAGCCUCCCUGGACCCCUGCAUUACGGUGGACCCAGCCAGGCACCCCUCGCAGGCCAGCUGAGGCCAGCAGGACAGGGAACGUUUUGUCCUCUCCGAGGGUCGGAUCCUGCCACCAUCCGUGUCUCCUCUGGAGCCCCAGAGCCGCACCCCGGCGGGCCUGGACAGCAUCCCCAGCCUUUAGCAGUGCAGCCUCCAGCUGGAAUUAACCAUCACCGAGGCCCCCCCGACGAGAAGCCGGUGUGUGGGGGCCUAGCGCCCCUUGCUGACAUGGGAUCGCGUCCUGGACCCUCGCUGCUUGGGCAGAUGAGCGGCCCCAGCCAGGAGGGGACUAUGUAUCCUCCAGCUCAUUUCCAGCCAGGCUUUAUCCCUCCCAGGCACGGUGGGGCUCCGGCCCGACCCCCAGCCUUUCCCGAGAGUUCAGAAAUCCCUCCCAGCCACAUGUACCGAUCCUACAAGUACCUGAGUCGAGUACACUCUGCAGUCUGGAAUGGGAAUCACGGUGCUACAAAUCCAGGACCCUUGGGGCCAGAUGAGAAGCCCCCCAUGGGGCCAGGACCCUCUCACCAGCCUCGCACUCUGGGUCACAUGAUAGAUUCCCGAGUGAUGAGAGCACCCCUCCCCCCAAACCAGUGGCCAGAACAAUCAGGCUUCCUACCUCACGGAGUUCCUUCUUCGGGGUACAUGCGACCACCCUGUAAACCUGGUGGACACCGGUUCCAGCCCUCUCCAGCACCAACGCAAGGUUCUCUCUUUGGAGCACCGGCCCAGGCCCUGCGGGGAAUGCAGGGCGGGGACUCCAUGCUGGACAGCCCAGAGAUGCUUGCCAUGCAGCAGCUCUCCUCGCGGGGGUGCCCGGCAGGCAUGCCUUACCGCCCCCGCCAGCCCGUGCCGCCCCCUGCGCCUGGCCCUUUCCCCCCAGUGGGCGUGGCGGCCCCCAAGCCUGCCUCGGGGGAACCUGGGCGGACACAGGACAGCAGGGAAACACUGGAGCCUGAGAACGGCCGAGCAGAUCCCUUGCCUGGGCUCGAGGAGAAACCAGCCAGUGUUGGUGCUUUGGAGGGGGCGUUCCUCAAGCAGCUACCUCACCCCGCGCCCCCGCUGCAGGCCGACUGUGCCAGGCGGAGCUCGCCCCAGGGAAGGGAUUCGGAUGGCCCAGAGCUCAGGCGCGAGUCCUCGGAGCCUGGAGACAGCUGCCCAGUGAGCGCAGGCAGGGGCGCCUGGCUCUCGGGGAGCGGCUUCGCAGGCCCAGCCGCCCAGGGGUGCGCCCUAGCUGACCCGGGGGCACUCCCUGAAAACGGACUGAGGGUGGAAGCCUCCCCGUGUGGGUCCGAGGGCAAGGGCAGAGCGCCACCGGAGGCCAUGCCGCCCGCCGAGCCCGCGUGCUCCCCCCUGUAUGCGCCUGGCCUGGAGUACCCCAGCUCCACCGCACGGUACCACGUCGGCGCAGGCCUGCAGGCUGUGGGCCCCGUGAUGGGGGGCAAGCCGUCAGCCCCGCACCCUCAGCCUUUUCCCCCUCGGGCGUUUCCGUCCCACGACCCGCAUUCUGGAGUCUUCCCCCGGUACCGCCCCCACCAGGGAAUGAGGUACCCCUACCAGCCGCCACCUCAGCCUUCCUACCAUCACUACCCGCGGACUCCUUAUUACUCGUGUCCACAGGGCUUUUCAGACUGGCAGAGACACCUCCCUGCCCCGGGAAGCCCGAGCGGGCCCCCGCCGGCUCAGCCUGCCCCUGCCAGGCCCCUCUUCCUCGAUAAGAGCGCUGGGGCCGGGCUGCAGGGCUGCGAGGCUCUGAGCGCUGCCUUAACUUCCCCCGCGCGAGUGGACGCCGUGGUCGCCAAGACAGCUGAUGGGCAGAAUCCCGGCCCAGAGGAGAAGCAGGAUGAGUCUAUGGAGAGGCCAGAGAGUCCCAAAGAAUUUUUAGAUCUGGACAACCACAAUGCAGCUACCAAGCGGCAGAGUUCACUGUCAGCCAGCGAGUAUCUCUACGGAACGCCCCCUGCACCGCUGAGCUCGGGGGUGGGCUUCGGUUCGUCUGCUUUCCCCCCACAUGGAGUGAUGCUGCACACGGGGCCUCCUUACCCGCCGCAGCGGCCGGCCGGGCAUUUCCAGCCCAGGGCUUACUCCUCCCCCACGGCUGCUCACCCACCUCACCGCCCAUUGGUGGCCCAGCCCAAUGGCCUGUCCCCCGAGUGCCCCCUCUACCGCUAUCCAGAAGAGGGCCUGGGCCACUUCCAGGCUGUGAUGAUGGAACAGAUGGGCCCUGGAAGUGGGGUGAGGGUGCCUUUCCAGGAGAUGUACAGACCGUCCGGACUGCAGAUGCACCCGGCCCAGUCCCGGCCCUCGUUCCCAAAGACGCCGGCACCAGCAGCGCCGCAGGAGGGGCUGCCACCACAUAAGCCCCCAACGCUUCCUCUCGAUCAGCCCUGA